AUGAAGCGCAAGCUCAACGAAAACGACGUGCCAACCUCGGCUGCUGCUGCAUCUGAGGCUGAGAAGCAGGCCGAGACAGCGACGACGACGACGACGACGACGACGACGACAGCAGCGGCGGCUGAAGAAGCGACGUUUGCAGACCUUGGACUCGAUGCUCGACUGGUGCAGGCUGUUGCGGAGCAGGGAUUCCUGAAGCCCACGCUGGUGCAGCGCAGGGCGAUUCCGCUGGCGCUGGAUGGAAAGGAUGUGCUGUGCAAGGCGAAGACGGGGUCGGGCAAGACGGCGGCGUAUGUGCUGCCUGUGCUGGCUGGCAUUCUGAAGAAGAAGAGUGUCGAUUCCACGGCUGCCACGACGGCUCUGAUACUGGUGCCUACGCGAGAACUCGCCGACCAAGUCUUCAAGGCCAUUGAGCUCUUCUCCGUCUUCUGCGCAAAAGACGUGCGUGCCGUGAAGCUGACGGACAAGCUCACCGACGCUGUGCAGCGAUCUCUGCUAUCGACUUCUCCCGACAUUGUCAUCUCGACGCCCGCGCGGGCCUGGCACAACGUCAAUGGCAACUCGUCGGCCCUGGCGCUGGACAAGCUGGCGUAUCUGGUGCUGGACGAGGCGGAUUUACUUUUGUCGUAUGGGUAUAGCGAGGAUUUGGAGAACCUGUCGUGGUCGAUUCCCAAGAGCAUUCAGACGACGAUGAUGAGUGCGACGUUGACAACGGAGGUGGAUUCGCUGAAGAAGAUUUUUUAUCGCGAGCAGCAGCCUGAGUUGUUGGAUUUGGAGGAGCCGGAUGCGGAGGGCGAGGGGGUUACGCAAUUGGUGACGAAGUGUGGUGAGGACGAAAAGUUUCUACUGAUUUACGUCAUCUUCAAGCUUCAGCUGGUCAAGGGCAAAUGCAUCAUUUUCGUCGCCGAUAUCGACCGGUGCUACCGCCUGAAGCUCUACUUUGAGCAGUUUGGCAUUCGAAGCUGUAUUCUGAACUCGGAGCUGCCGGUGAACUCUAGAAUCCACGUGGUGGAAGAGUUUAACCGCAAUGUCUACGACAUCAUCAUCGCCUCUGACGAAAAGGAAGUUCUUGGUAACGAGGAAAAGGCAGAGGAAGAGCAAGAGGACGAAGAAAAUGCGGGCCAGUCCAAGGAGGAGUCUCGGCCCAAGAAGAAGCGGAAGGCUGCCAAGGGAGAUGUGGAAUAUGGUGUUUCUCGAGGCAUUGACUUCAAGAACGUCGCAGCCGUCAUCAACUUUGACCUUCCCACAUCCGCCUCGUCGUAUACACACAGAAUAGGCCGUACAGCACGGGCUGGCCGGACAGGCAUGGCGCUCUCUUUUGUUGUCCCCAAGGAUCUCUACAAAAAGCACAUUUACACGUCCAUCCCCAGCGCGGAGAAUGACGAGAAGAUUCUGGCGAGAAUCACAAAGCAGCAGGCGAAGAAGGGCAAAGAGCUGAACCCGUACGACUUCAACAAGGACCAGGUGGAUGCCUUCAGAUACCGAAUGAACGAUGCGCUGCGUGCGGUGACAAAGGUGGCUAUUCGAGAGGCGCGGACGAGGGAGCUGCGUCAGGAGCUGUUGAAGAGCGAGAAGCUGAAGAGAUACUUUGAAGAGAACCCCACAGAGAUGAAUCAUCUCCGCCACGACGGCGAGUUAAGAACGGCCAGACAGCAGGCCCAUCUGAAGCACGUGCCGGACUACCUUUUGCCCAAGGAGGGCCGACAGGGCAUUGCGGCGGGGGAUAUUGGCUUCGUGCCGCUGAAGAAGCACGAUAGACGCGCGGGAACGAAGAGGAAAGGUGGUGGCAAGAGGAAAGUGGGUGCGCGGAAGGGGGACCCAUUGAAGACGUUUAAGGCGAGACGGAAGACGAAGUGA